UCGGUAGAGCUGAAUAGCUACGUGACCGGAUACUAAUACUAUUUCAAAACCUCAUACGAAUUAAAGGUCAGGUGUAGACGCAUAUUGUUUUUUGUUUCUCUUUUUGCCAUUCUUUCUCCACUCUGGUCGUUGCAUUUUCCAAGGCUGAAAUUGGACUUUGGACUCUUCUCGUUUUACUUUUACCGCACAGAUCUAAUCUACAAAGCCAUCUUAGGUUAGUGUUUUCCAGGCGAAAUGGGUGAAUGGGGAUUUCUAUCCAAGCUGCUAGAUAAGGUGCAGGCGCACUCUACUGUCAUCGGGAAGGUAUGGAUGACCGUGCUCUUCAUCUUCAGGAUCAUGGUCCUCGGCGCGGGUGCAGAGAAAGUGUGGGGCGACGAGCAGAGUAAAAUGGUGUGCAAUACUAAGCAGCCAGGUUGCACCAAUGUGUGCUAUGAUAAAGCGUUCCCCAUCUCCCACAUCCGUUUUUGGACCAUGCAGAUCAUCUUUGUGGCCACUCCGACGCUCAUGUACCUCGGUCAUGUCAUGCACGUCAUCCACAAGGAAAAGAAGAUCAGGCAGUAUCUCCAGAACCAACCUAACGGCCAGGGCUGCAAGUUGCCCAAAUACACCAAUGAGAAAGGGAAAGUGGAAAUCAAAGGGGACUUGUUGGCUAGUUACAUGAUCAGUGUGAUCUUUAAGAUCUUGCUUGAAGCAGCAUUUAUAGCGGGUCAGUACUAUCUGUACGGUUUUGUAAUGACCCCUAAAAUCGUAUGCACUCGAUACCCGUGUCCGUACACUGUGGAGUGCUUUAUGUCUCGUCCCACUGAAAAAACUGUCUUCAUCAUCUUCAUGCUGGUCGUGUCCUGUGUGUCGUUGCUGCUGAACGUUAUUGAGAUGAUCUACCUACUUUGCCAGAGAUCCAGGAGACGUAAUAGACCAAAAAUAGUCUCAUAAAAAAAGUCUUUCUGUAAAAUGGACAUAAUUGCAAGUCUGAGACAACAAGAAAAGACAAAAAAUAAGUUUCAUUAUCGGCAACGCUGGCUUGUGUGAGAUAAUUUUUUUUUUCGUUAUUUAAAAUUUCAAUUAGCCUAAUUUCAUUGGGUAAUUUCCUGUUUGUUUAUAUUUCCAUAAAACUUAUCUGGUUUUGAGUUAAAACUUUGUUUACAUAACUGUCUGCCAUUUUUUGUGUGUUUUUGUUUUUGUUGUUUUGGACUUAAACAAAAAAAUUCAUGGACAUAUUACACAUAGAUAAACACAAAGGCAUUUUCUUGUAGAAGUCAUUUGGAAAUGUUUUGUUUGUAUGUAGAAUGUCCUUAUGUUUGAAGCAAAUUUAUAUUUUUUGUCAAUAAAAAGCA